CAGAAAGUUGAUGAGUAACCAUAUCUCGCACUCGUUAAAUGGACAACUCUCAAUUUAAAUUCUGUCAAGUGUAUGUUCUGCAAAAUCCUGUGCCCAACCCAGAAAAGUUUUUUUCAAGUUUUUAAUUUCUUGUCUAAUUCCCCAAUUUGAGUAUCAUGCAGACAAUUAAAUGUGUAGUUGUUGGUGAUGGUGCAGUAGGAAAAACAUGUCUUCUUAUUUCCUACACCACCAACAAAUUUCCAUCAGAGUAUGUACCCACAGUAUUCGAUAAUUAUGCAGUUACAGUGAUGAUUGGAGGAGAGCCAUACACUCUUGGACUUUUUGAUACUGCAGGCCAGGAGGAUUACGAUCGUCUUCGACCAUUAUCUUAUCCCCAAACAGAUGUGUUUUUGGUUUGUUUUUCGGUCGUAAGUCCCAGUUCAUUUGAAAACGUCAAGGAAAAAUGGGUUCCAGAAAUAACGCAUCACUGCCAAAAAACUCCAUUCUUGUUGGUAGGAACUCAAAUCGAUUUGCGCGACGAGAGUAGUACAUUGGAGAAACUUGCUAAGAAUAAGCAAAAACCAAUAUCAAUGGAACAGGGAGAAAAAUUAGCAAAGGAACUUAAGGCUGUAAAAUAUGUUGAGUGCUCUGCACUAACACAGAAAGGACUUAAGAACGUAUUCGAUGAAGCAAUACUUGCAGCGUUAGAACCACCAGAACCAUCAAAGAAAAGGAAGUGCAAAUUCCUAUAAUUUUAACAUUUAUUUAUAUGGUUUCACGAAACAUUAAAAACAAAAAAGAAA